GGCUAAUCUUUUUGGUUCAGCCUGCUGUGCUACCAUGGCAAAGGGUGGUUCUAGUUAUCGGAUUUCAGCGACUCCUGUAACCAUAUUCGUGCACUUACUAGCGAUAUCUAUUGCAACACUCAGCCUGGUUUGGCUCAUCAAGUUUCGUGAAGGUUUCGCUUUCAAUUCCCGUAUCAAAGCCAAGAUUUUCAAUUUGCAUCCUCUUCUCAUGAUUCUUGGAUUCCUUUUGUUUUCCGGGGAAGCUAUCGUCGUGUACAAGGCAAUACCUGCAAACCGAAAAGCACAAAAAACCGUUCACCUGAUAUUGCAUUUUAUUGCACUUGCUGCUGGAAUUCUGGGUGUUUAUGCAGUUUUCAAGUUUCAUAAUGAAGUCCACCUCCCAAAUAUGUACACCCUACAUUCUUGGAUCGGGUUGUCAACAAUCUCCUUGUUUGGUUUACAGUGGCUGCUGGGAUUUUUCACUUUCUUCUACCCGCGUGCGGAAUCAACAACAAGGGCUAACAUGGCUCCAUGGCAUGCUUUUUUCGGCAUAGUCCUUUUCUUUAUGACCAUAGUGACUGCCGAGACUGGAUUGACACAAAAAUUCAUUUUUCAAGGCCUACUACGCAGCCAAGAAGCUUUGAUGAUCAACUUUACUGGAUUGUUAAUACUCCUAUUUGGAAUAUUUGUUGGCCUUAGCGUCAUCCUUCCCAGAAGAAACUACUAACGGCCGUCCGUUAACGAACCAUAUUAUUUUGUUUGUAUUGGAUGUCUUCAAUUGUUUUCAUCACUUUAUUCUAAUAUGCCAAUAAUAAUUGCGGAAUGCCAUUUGUUUGUUCAAAUAA